AGCUUUGAACUACAAAUUUAAAUCGGUGACUUCAUAAAUUUCAAGAUGUGCUCAUAAGGGUAGGGUGUUUGUGUGUGCCUUCAUAGGGAUGAGUGUAUGCGCGCGUAUAUGAGCGUUUGCGUCUGUACUGUGUUAAAAAAACCUAUAGGAAAAGAAGACCCAACAUUAGUCCAACGUGCAAAGAGGCCUCAGUUACAAAAAGCCAAUGCAUUUUCAGUUUAAAAAAAAGGUGUGCACUUUCGUCUGCACGUUCAUCCAUCCGCUGCACCGCAGGACAGGGCAGCGAGCAGGGGAAGCGCUCGAGGAGGACAGACGUCACCAUGCCUUCCUCUCCCUCCGCCAACCCGGGCCACGGCGUCCGCACCGCCGCCGCGACGUCCAGGCCCACGGGCGCCGAGGGCUUCGCCUCGAUCCUGGCCACUCAGGGCGAGCUCGACGCGCUCUGCCGGGAGCACGGCGUCCCCGAGGGCUUCACCGCGCUCCCCGCCGGCGACCUGCGCGCGAACUCGACGCCGCCGCGGGGGGCCAUCUGCGUGUACGCGCGCGCGCUGGAGGCCGGGAUGCGCGUCCCGCUUCACCGCUUCUUCCUCGAGGCGCUCGCCCACUUCGGCCUCGCGCCGGCCCAGCUCACGCCCAACGGGUGGCGCAACAUGGCGGGCUUCGUCGCGCUCUGCCGCUCCGCCGGCGUGCCGCAGUCCCUCGCGGUGUUCCGGCAUUUCUUCCUGCUGUCCGUCGUCUCCCACAAGCACGGAAAAGGCUGGUACUUCUUCCAAUCCAGGCAGGGCUCCGGCCUGCGCUUCACGGGGAUGCCGAACCCGAACUCCAUUGCUAUGAAGGACUGGAAACGCGAGUUCUUCUUCCUCUCUUCGCCGGAGCCGUGGCCUUGCGCCGUGGAGUGGGGCGAGCCGUCCAAGAGCGCACUCAUGAAGCCGGUGCUCACCCCUCAGGAAAGCAAAUCGGCGGCCAAGCUGCUGCGCGUUCACGGGGGCGCCCCCGUUGAUCUCAGGACGUAUCUCAGCAGCAGCAACCUUGCCGCCGCCAUGGUAGCCACCACUGCAUCACCGCCGCCAUCUACUAGUACUACUCCCAGUUCCAAAGCUAUGGAUCCCGCUGUCAAGGACAUGAUGAAGGUUAUGCUCGCGGAGAAGGCGGCCGCGCAAGCGUCGGCGUCGGCCGUGAAAGCCGAGCCGUGCAGCAACCCAGCAGGGUCGCCAUCUUUGUGCGGGGAGAAAAGGGUUCUGGAGGAAGCCAACGACGAGGAGGGUCUAUCUCUUCCUGUCCACAACAUGAUGAAGUGUAUGCUGGCGGACAAGGCGGCCGCGCAAGCGCCGGCGAAGAAGAGGAUUCGGGAGGAAGCCAGCGGCGGGGAGGAGGUUCCGCGUCUUUCGGCGCCGAACACGCCGCUGUCCCGCGUGUGCUCGCCACCGCCGGGCUUCUCCGGGAAGCGACAGCACAUUCCCAGCAGGCACGACGGAGACACCACGGACUGGGAGGCUGCGCGUGAGCUGCUCCAGGGCGCCGUCUCGCCGCCGCUGGAGCGCGCGUUCGCGGCGAGCGCGCCUUCCGAGGUCGUCAAGUCGAGCUACGCUGCGAUUCUGCAGGCCGCGAACUACGCGUCGUUCUCCUUCCGCCACGCGCUCGACCUGGAGGAGAAGCUGGCGGCCAGGGAGCGCGAGGCCGCGGCGCUGCGGGAGCAGCUGGAGGAGGCAAAGGCCGAGCUCGCCGCGGCGAAGCGGGCGGCAGAAGCAGAGCGGGAGAAGGCAACGGACGAUCUCGCCGCGGAGCUCGAGAUGGCGAAAGGCGGGCUCGCCGUGGCGAAGCGGGCUCGGGAGGCGGAGGCCGAGCUCGCCGCGGCUCGGGCGGAGGCGGUGAAGAAGAGGGCCGAGCUCGCCGCGUUGAAGCGGGCCGCGGAGGCGGAGAAGGCGAAGGCCGAGGAGGAAGCGGCGGCGCUGCAACAGCUCCUGGCGUCCGAGGAGGACGUGCGGCGGCGAGCGGAGGACGCGCUGGAGGCGUACGAGCGCUGGCGAGGCCGUCGCGCUCCGGCCGGUCGUGUUGCUUGAGUGGCUCGUCAAUGGAUCUUUUGGAAUUUGAGAAAUUUCUAGACGACUCCUCGGGACAUCGCUAGAGAUGAGGAAUAAAUCAUUUGGUCGAUCGAUUCUAUGGACUCUUUUUUUUUAACAAGAUUCUAUGGGCUCUGUUCGUCUAGGCAA